UCCAGAUGCACUUGUUCUCUCCAACCUGUGCUGCCGUGCCCAGUGUCUCUGGGAGUAAGGAGCAAUAAAGCUCCUGUCCCACCUCUUGGGCUUCUUCCCCGCCUGGAAAGCCCAUAAUCUCCUAGCUUGCCACCCUCCUGUCCUCAGAAGCGAUUAUGCAGUCAGGUUCCAAAGAAGAUUAAAGGAGCAGUGUGUGGGUGCCCUGGGCAAGGGUACUCUACCCUGAGGACCCUCUUAAGAAUUCAGCCAGCUUGCACUUUUACAGUCACCACCAUGGCCCUUGUGCCAGGGAACAGCGAGGAGGAUGGGCCUUGGCCUAGGGAUAGUGCAGGUUCCUCCCGGUGCCCGGAAGGUCCCAGGCUGACCAGCUCUCUUUGGAAGGACACGGGAGCUAUUGGCAGGGCUGAAGGUCCCCAGGAUGUUCAGGCUGUCUCUCAAAAGCCACGCCUGCCCUCCAUUGUCGUGGAAACGUCUGAGGUGAAUGAGGACGGUGCAGGUCUCCAGUGGCCAUGUGAGGACCUGCUGCUGCUCACUGAUGGUGAGGAGGAAGCCGAGGCCUUCUUCCAGGACCAGAGUGAAGAGCCAGGCUGGACUUGGAGCCCACAGGACCCUAGGUCUCCCUCAAGAACAUUUAACCCUGGAGUCAUCUGGGGGCAAGAGCAGUUAGAACAAGAUGCCUCUUGGACUCCUGAAGACUCUGAGUACCAGGAAGCCCCCAACCCCUGUGCUCACAGGGACCCAGCAACAGGUUCCUGUGUCUGUAGAAGCCCCUUUGUGGAGUACUCCCACCUCCUCCUCCCUCCUGUUAACUUUGCAGGUAAGUAUUGUUGGCUUUCCCUCACCUAG